CUCACAACGGUUGUAGCUUCCUGUUGAAGAUUACUCCAUUCAAAGAAAUUUACCUGUUCUUGAAAGGAAUAGAAAACGAGUUAAUAAUUUAUUUAUUUCUAGGUAACACAACCCCUUUACUAGCGAGGAAACCUUUCAUUGUGGACCGUUAUGGAGACAUCCGGCAAUUCUCAUAAGAAACCGAAGCUGAGCAACGCUUCCAGCGAGAAUUGGGGAAUGCAGAGAGCCACUAAUGUGACUUACCAGGCCCACCAUGUAAGCAGGAACAAGAGGGGUCAGGUAGUGGGGACGAGAGGUGGCUUCCGUGGGUGUACUGUCUGGCUCACAGGUCUCUCUGGGGCUGGAAAGACCACGGUGAGCAUGGCCCUGGAGGAGUACCUGGUGUGCCACGGCAUCCCAUGCUACUCGCUGGACGGGGACAACAUCCGCCAGGGCUUGAACAAAAACCUGGGCUUCAGCCCCGAAGACCGUGAGGAGAACGUCAGGCGCAUAGCCGAGGUGGCCCGCUUGUUUGCCGACGCGGGGCUCGUCUGCAUCGCCAGCUUCAUCUCACCGUAUGGACGGGAUCGCGUGAACGCCAGGAAGAUCCAUGAGGCCGCGGGGCUGCCUUUCUUUGAGGUGUUUGUUGACGCGCCACUCGACGUGUGUGAACAGAGGGACGUGAAGGGCCUCUACAAGAGAGCCAGGGCAGGAGAGAUCAGAGGUUUCACUGGGAUAGACUCUGAAUAUGAGAAACCAGAAGCCCCAGAGCUGGUGCUCAAAACGGACUCAUGCAGUGUCAACGAGUCCAUACAGCAGCUCAUCGAUCUGCUGCAAGAGAAGGACAUUGUCCCAGUGGAUGCCUCCUAUGACGUGAAGGAGCUGUACGUACAGGAGAACAAGCUGGAUUUGGCCAAGGCAGACGCGGAAACGCUACCCGCUGUGCAAAUCGGAAAGGUGGACAUGCAGUGGGUUCAGGUGCUGGCUGAGGGUUGGGCCACGCCCCUUAAUGGUUUCAUGAGGGAGAGGGAGUUUCUGCAGUGUCUGCACUUUGACUGCCUGCUGGACGGGGGCGUCAUCAACCUGUCGGUGCCGGUGGUGUUGCCGGUGUCGGGGGCGGACAAGGAGCGUCUGGACGGCGUGACCGCCAUGGCCCUGGUGUAUGAGGGUCGACGCGUGGCCAUCCUCCGCAACCCAGAGUUCUAUGAGCACCGCAAGGAGGAGCGCUGCGCCCGGCAGUGGGGCACCACAUGCAAAGACCACCCCUACAUUAAGAUGGUGAUGGAGAGUGGAGACUGGCUUGUGGGCGGAGACCUGCAGGUUCUGGACAAGAUCAGCUGGAAUGACGGCCUGGACCAGUAUCGACUCACUCCCACUGAACUCAAGCAGAAGUUCAAGGAGAUGAAUGCAGACGCCGUGUUCGCCUUCCAGCUGCGCAACCCGGUGCAUAACGGCCACGCCCUCCUCAUGCAGGACACCCACAAGCGACUGAUCGAGCGGGGCUACCGGCGGCCCGUCCUCCUGCUGCACCCGCUGGGCGGCUGGACCAAGGACGACGACGUGCCGCUGGAGUGGCGCAUGCGUCAGCACGCCGCCGUGCUCGACGAGGGCGUGCUCAAGCCCGACAGCACCGUCGUGGCCAUCUUCCCCUCGCCCAUGAUGUACGCCGGGCCCACUGAGGUUCAGUGGCACUGCCGAGCCCGAAUGGUGGCCGGCGCCAACUUCUACAUCGUGGGUCGCGACCCGGCGGGCAUGCCCCAUCCGGCCACUGGCAAGGACCUGUAUGAGCCCUCUCACGGGGCCAAGGUGCUCACCAUGGCGCCCGGCCUCAUCAGCCUGGAGAUUGUGCCCUUCAAAGUGGCUGCAUACAAUAAGGUGAAGAGGGCCAUGGACUUCUACGAUCCCAAGAACCAUCAAGACUUUGACUUCAUCUCAGGGACCCGGAUGCGUAACAUGGCCCGUGACGGUCAGAACCCCCCUGAAGGCUUCAUGGCCCCCAAAGCCUGGAAGGUUCUGGUGGAGUACUAUCAGUCCCUGGAGAAGGUUUCUUAAGGUCAAACGUAGGUCAAAUCGGGGGGGGGGGGGGGGGGGGGGGGGGGAUCAGGGUCGUAUUCAUUAGGGCGGACCAUAGCGAAACGGUUUAAAAACGUCUCCCAACGAUAAAAGGGAACAAGCGUUUCUUAUUAGACAUGUCUGGAUAGUCCAUCGCUGCUUCUGCACGUUUUAUUUAGUCUCAUGCCUAAUGGAAACGACCUGGCUGUCCCCUCUGAAACACUUUAAAGAUGGGACCACUCUAUAGGCAUCGCUUCCCGUGUGCUGUGGCUCACCCUCAGACAUCAGCCUCCAAUACACACUCCUGUCUCCAUAGACUAUAACCGCUAGUUUUCCUCCAGUCUUAACACAGAGUACUGUAUUUUUACUGUCUUUCGUUUAACGGUUGGCUCGGCGAAAUGGCGUUGAGCGAGAUGCCAAGGCUUUGCCGUCUCGUGCACACACUCAGAAUCCGGAUGUGUGCACGGAGGGGUUUACAAGCGAUGUAACCGCGGGAUCAAACCGGCGCUCAGCGUGCCGCACCUACGCUCUCGUUGUGGCCACCAACCCCUGGCGCUGUUCACCCCGCGUGUCUGCGUUAUUUCGCUGGGACCUACCUUUCCGUUGUGGCGGUAAUUGGUUUUGCUAAUUGUGCAACCAUCCAUAUUUUAAGUGUUUUAAAAAGAAAAUGGAUUUGAAUGUUCUUUUUCCAAUGGUUUUAUUUUUAUUUUUUAUAUCGAUGCAGCAAUGUCCCUGAUAUUUAACAAAAUCUAGUUGUGUAUGAAAUUAACGACUUGUUCUAUGUCAGUGACUACUGUAUUUCAAAGGUCUGUGAUCCUGCUCAUUUCUUAACUGUAUGGCAAUAUGACGUACUGUGGACCAGUACACGCGGAGUUCAGUGUUUGGCUUUGACAGCUCGUCCUCCUUCACGCCAGUAAAAUUCAAGCCUUUACGUCAGGUUGUUCCCCUAACUGUAGCUUUGGUUUCAAUAGAAAUUUUAGGUGGUGUUGAGUGCCUUGUCUUUGUCAAUCGUCUCGCAAAGACAUUGUAUUCGCGUGUGUGCACGUGAGCGUGCGUGCGCACCUGUUUAAUCUCCCACUUGUCUCUGCGACAUUAAAGCGGUACUUUGGCAUUAUAAACAAUCUGUAAAGCGGAUAAGAACCGGAUGUUUGUACCUAAGAAAAAUACAGAUUUUUAUGGGAAUGUGAUGAACUAAAGUUUUAGGAAUAUUUGCUAACUGUUUUAAUAUUAGAUGUAUACCCCCCCACCCUUUUUUUCCAUACUGAGUUCUAAGUUAAGUAGCAUGUAAUAAACCUGAACCAUGUCUCACUGAAUGAUUAGUCUUUUUUGUUGUUGAUGUCAGUGGCCAAUGUUAUGUAUACUCUUUUUAGUUUCUGCUGGUUUAAUAAUAUUUUUAGCAUCUUCCAUUUGGUUGCUACUGUACACAAUUGAUCUGCUGUAUUAAAAAAAAAAGUUUCAA